CCUACCAACGACGGAGACUCUUCGGGAGAAAGAUGUUAAUGUGCUACCUAGAUGCCCAGUCUGCUGGGCGGAAUCUGAGACCAUGGAGCACUUGUUCCUCGAUUGUCCAUUUGCGCGGGUUCUGUGGGAGUCCUCAGGCAUGGAUUAUAUUGGCCAAGGGUUGUCACGCCAUACUUUCCCUCUCUUCCUCAAGAAGUUAAUGUCUUUAUUGCAUCAGCCCUUGCUCUUCAUGAAGGUUGUUGCCAUCCUAUGGAAGAUUUGGCGGUCUCGGAACUGGAUUGUCUUUGAGGGCAAACAGUUUGGGAUCCCUGCCUUGAUGCGUCAAUUUAACCAGCAAUAUGAGGAAUGGGUAAGCUUACCGGUCGAUCCUAUCCUGCAACCCGUGCCCCCCUUGGCCAUUAACCAGUCAACCAGCAAUUCUUCUACAACUAUCUGUAGGUGGGAUGGGGCGACCAGGAGUGGAUCUCACUCGGCGGGAGGGAUAGUUAUCAUGGAUGCUAAUGGAGGCCUUGUUCUGGCCAAAGGGCUCCAAUUUCCGCUAAUUGAUGAGCCUUUAGUGGUCGAGCUCCUAGUGCUGCGGGAGGAUAUUUUAUGGUGCCAGAGCCUGGGUUUCAAGGAAAUGAGAUUCGAAGGUGAUGCCAAGGUUAUUAUUGAGAAGAUCAACCGGGCAUAUACGAGGAACAACCAGAUGGGGCAAUUCUGCAAGAAGUAGUUCAUUAUUUAGCUGCCCAUGCUGGGUUUAGUUUGCGAUUUGUAGGUCGGCGUAACAAUAGGGUAGCCUACUAGAUGGCUAGAAAAGCCCUGUCUUUGUACCCGGCUACGAGUCAGUUUUUCGAUUUUCAGGCCUGGCUAAUUUCCAAGAUGUAACUCUCUUUGUUGAAUCAAUUUGAUUAUUUUUGUAAAAAAAAAAAUAUAGGCAGUUUCUAUCAUACUAUCCCUAGUCACAAAGGGACGCAUACAUUCCCCUUGCAUUAAUUUAUCACUUGAGCUUCAUGCGUACUAAGUAGUCAAGUAACGUUUCUUCUUAUUUUGAUUAGCUCCCCUUGCUUACCUCUUCUCCAUAGUCCUCCAGGCUCCACGUAAAAUGGGAUUUGAUUUUCUAUAAUUAUUUAAUUUCCUUUCCUAAUUUUAUCAAAUUUUAAUUUAUUAUUAUUAUGAUUUUUAAUAAUGAAAUAGCUAGUCGAACAACUGAGGAGGAUUAAUGAAUUGAGAAGUUGGAA